CAUAAAACCCUAAACCCCCUUUUUCCCCUGAUUGCCCUACUCUCGUGCACUGCUCCCCAGUUUUUCAUUGUUCGCUACCGUUUGGAAUUCCACUCAAAUUCAGAUUUCAAAUUAACCUGCAUUCUCUCUUUACUAGUUUAAGAUUUGAUUCCCUUUUAACACCUGCUGCAAUGGAUUCCCAAGAUUCCUCCGCGCCACCUCCCCACCUCCCUCACCACCACCAUCCUCAACCACCGCCACCUUCACAUCCCGGCCUCCUUCUGGGCCAACACUCUCAGACCCCACAACAUCUGCCCAACAACUCCUACCAACUCCCCAACAGCAACAGUUCUGUCAACCCUACCACCUCCGCCACCACAAACACCGCUAUCAUGCACCAUCAAAACCCUCGCUUCCCCUUUAACUCCAUGGCUGCUGCCGCUGCCGCCGCCGCCGGACCAAAACCGCUGGAUCAUAUUCAGUCUGAAGGGUCGCCUUCUGGAGGUGGUGGCGCUGGGUUCAGCAUUGAGCCAGCCAGGAAGAAAAGGGGUCGGCCCAGAAAGUACUCACCUGAUAACAGCAUUGGGCUGGGUUUGUCCCCUGCCCCGGUUUCUCAGAUUUCCUCUGUCAUGCCCCACAACGAUUCUGGUGGUGGUGGGACGCCUUCAUCCGAUACCCCAGCCAAACGAAACCGUGGCAGGCCUCCUGGCUCAGUGAAAAGACAGAUGGAUGCUCUAGGAGCACCUGGAGUAGGUUUCACGCCUCAUGUGAUUACGGUGAAUGCAGGAGAGGAUAUAGCUUCAAAAAUUAUGGCUUUCUCCCAACAAGGACCUCGAACUGUAUGUAUUCUAUCAGCUAAUGGUGCCAUCUGCAAUGUCACCCUUCGGCAACCAGCAAUGUCCGGUGGGACAGUGACAUAUGAGGGGCGAUUUGAGAUUAUCUCAUUGUCGGGUUCCUUCCUGCUGUCAGAGAGUAAUGGUAACCGCAGUCGAACUGGUGGUCUGAGUGUGUCAUUGGCUGGAUCAGAUGGUAGGGUAUUGGGUGGUGGAGUUGCUGGAAUGCUUAAAGCAGCAUCACCAGUUCAGGUGGUUGUAGGCAGCUUCAUUGCGGAUGGAAAAAAAUCAAAAUCAGGGACAUCUUCUACACCACCUUCAAAUAUGUUAAAUUUUGGUGCCCCCAUGACAGGCGCCAGCCCUUCUCCAGGUGCUUCAAGUGAGUCGGGUGAGGACAACGAUGAUAGUCCUCUUAAUCGUGGAUCAGGACCUUAUGGUAAUGCUGGUCAACCAGGUCAGAAUAUGCCAAUGUAUUCGACUAUGGGUUGGGCAAACUCCAUCAAAAUGCUUCCUAAUUAGCCUCACAAAAAAUCUCCCACAUUAAUGUCUGGCUCGGUUAGGGGGGUUGAUUACAAAUGCCAGCAGCAGAUUUAGGACCUAUGUGUUUCAAUCCUAGAUAGAGAUCUUCUUCAUUUGUUCUUUUCCUUUUCUGUAGCUUUCUUAGUUUUGAAUAGAUCCCCUUGUUCUCUUGCAGAUUCAAAUAUGGUAAGUAAUUGCUAGCAAGGCACGUCUUAUGUGUCGCUUAACAUUCUUAGCAAAAUCCGAUGAUAUUAUUUGAAAUGUCGUCUCUAAUUUUCAGAUCUGACAGCAUAUGUAAGCUUCAUUUAGAUAUAAUAUGUAGGAACCUAUAAUUAGAUGAAGUCCAAGAAAGCAUUUCAUGCU